GAGGUUAAUGUCAUUCGAUGUACACAUAUACAAAAAAGUAGAACGAAAGAACGGACUGAGAAUAACAUAGUAAGCAGUCGGUGAUCAUGCUAGCAAUAUUAAAUGCUUGUUGAUGCAACUUUUUUUUUGUAUAUAUAAAAUCAUCAAUGUGCUAAAGUUUUCGCGUGAUUAGUCGCUGUCGUCGUCGUCAUUGUCAUCGUCGUUGGAAAGCUGAGUCAAAUAGUUUAUCCCAAAUGUGUAUGUGUCAUUUAAGUUUGAACAAAAAUGAGAAUUAAAUCACAACAAUCUGACGUUUCCAAUGAUAAAAAAAAUCCAAAAAAAGACACCAAGAAAAAGCGAAAUAAAAGCAUUGAUUCGUUCGUAAAUAUAUGUUAUUUCCAUUUCUGUAUCGGUUUAUUUGGCAAUUUCCAAUUGCCUGAAUGUCUGUCGGCUAAUACACGAGUGUUUUUUGUACGGUUGGCAUAAUCAAACGCAUCUGUUUUCUUCUCUCUCGUUUUCGAAGUUGUCCCAUUCUAUAUCGCUUGAGUAUCUUUCCCCUUCUGUGUAUUUCAAAAUCCAAGUCAAAUAAUUGUCGACACAUACGGUUUUGUUUGCUGUGCGACAAUAAAUUUAGAUCAGCUAAAAAGCAACGAAAAAGUUGGAAAAUAACAACUGUCGAAUUCAAGAGAAAGAGAGAACAACUUUUCAACAAAUACCAGAAGACUGAUUUGAAAGAAAAGGAAAUAGCAACAACAAAAUAUCAAACCAACCAAAAUGGGUAUAAAUAUUUCGCGACAAACGGAUCUCUCGGAAAAUACGUAUUUAAAUCAAUUUGUUGGAAAAAAUCACAUCCCAGCCACCAACAAUGAGUUCUGGAACUCAUUUUUACAGUAUCAAAUCGCGCUGCCAACGAACAGUGAGGAACAGCUUAGCCUGGACUCCCGAUUGGAAACGAUGUGUCAACAGUUUAUCAGUCAUAAUUUGGCGACAGGUAACUUUGGAUCGCUGAUCACCAUAUUUUUGAAUAAAGUUAGCGAAUUACUGGAGCUAUCGGACAAAGACAGUAGUAUGCACAUUUGGCAAACGUUCAACGCUCUGUUCAUCAUUCGGUGUACGGUAAAGUAUUUAAUUGAAACGGGUUCGGAAUAUCAACUGUUGCAGCAUUUUGAAGCGAUGCCCAGCACCGCCACCGAAAUUGUUGCGGAAACGUCUAACGGAACGGCAGCCAUUGACAUUGACACUGAGAACAAAACCAAACCGGUGCGAACGGUUGAUGGUUCAAAAUUUGAAACAUUUUUCGAGGCCGUUGUCAAUUUAUUGAUCAUCAUUCCGGUGAAAGAGUUCACCUACCAUUUGCACCUGGAAGCGGUGAAUCUUUUGAUUGUUCUACUGUCGGUGCAUCUAUUUUCACAACAACCAACCGAAAAAUCGAUUAUUUUCAGAACGGUUUAUAAUAAUCCAAAUGCAAACACUUUGAUGAGUGCACUAUUGCAUUUCGUUAGUCGAAUGGUUGAGGAGCCACCGACAAUGUUCGGCAUCAAUUCAGGCGGUUCACUUGUAUUUGGCAUCGCCGAAUCUCUAUUGUCGAUUUUCACGUUCCGAAAGACGCAUCAGGAUUUUCUCAGUUCAAACGAUUUACCAAUGGCAUUCAAAGAACACUAUCCACUGGCCAAUCAAAGUCUAUUACUCAUACUUAUUCUCACCAAUCACUGUACAGCAACGUCAAAAAAUAAUAAAUAUCGCCAAAGUCUAUUCGGAUGCUGUGAUUCAAAAGAUUCACCAAAGGAUGGGCACACAUUUAAAAUUGACUUUACGGCUCUGUUCAAUACAUUGUGUAAAAUUGUAACCAUCGAUCAGGCAACCCUUCUGUUGUAUCUAUUGCUGCAUCGUAAUCAACAGUUCUAUCAAUUUGCGAUGGCACAAGAAAAUCUACAGCAAAUGGUCAUACCUAUUUUACAAACACUUUACAAUGCACCCGAUAGUACGUCUCAUCACAUCUACAUGACGUUGAUUGUUCUGCUGAUACUGAGCGAAGAUGAUGGCUUCAAUAAGAGCGUUCACCAAAUUACAUUGAAAAACAUUCACUGGUACACCGAACGCACAAUUUCUGAAAUAUCACUUGGUGGCCUUUUAAUUUUAGUUGUAAUCCGCACCAUUCAAUACAAUAUGUUAAAAAUGCGUGACAAAUACUUGCAUACCAAUUGCUUGGCGGCGUUAGCAAAUAUGUCCGGACAAUUUAGGCAAUUGCACCCAUACACUGCACAGCGAUUGGUAAGUUUAUUCGAAACGUUGGCAAAGAAGCAUGCACGACUUUAUUCGGAUAUGAAUGGUGACAGUAGUGGCGUUGGUGCUGGCAGCAGCAGCAGCAGUACGGCAUCUACCGUUAUUCCAGUCGAUGCAACCGUACGUUCGAUGGUGUUGGAAGAUUUAUCGGUGCUAGAAGAAGUAUUGCGAAUGGUUUUAGAAAUCAUCAAUUCAUGUAUAUCGCAUCAGUUGGUUUAUUGUCCGAAUCUUGUCUACACAUUGCUCUAUAAACGUCAAGUAUUUGAGUCGUUCCGAAGUAAUCCGGCAUUUCAAGAUAUCAUUCAAAAUAUUGACAUGGUUGUUGGAUUUUUCUCGUCGCGAUUGCAGCGAGUACAAGAUCAACGCGGUGAACUUGGUGUGGGUGAAGUCCUCGAAGUGAUUUCCAAAGGUGCAAGCCAAUGGUCGAGCGAUCGAUUGCGUAAAUUUCCCGAUUUGAAAUUUCGCUACGUUGAAGAAGAUGCACCCGAAGAGUUCUUCAUACCCUACGUAUGGUCAUUGGUUACCAAAUAUGGAUCAUUGCAUUUUAAUUCGGAAAUUAUGAAAGGUCUAACUAGCGAAAUCAAUUGCUAAGCAAUAUUCAUGCGCCAACGCAACCAAUUUAUAUCUAGGUCUAUGUAUAGUCGAAACUAUUGCGGACAAGUUGAACAAUAAUAAUAAUAGUAAUAAAAAAAUGACACAGACAAGUGAUGUUUGAUACAAACAUGUGAACAAAUCCCCUAAAAUCGAAAUGAAAGGUUUAAUUUACCCAAAACAAAAGAAAGGAAAAAACCACAACAAAAAAUGCAAGAGAAAAACAAAAAAUCUAUAUAUAUUUAUAGUGUAUUAUAUUUAUUAUUUACAUUGCGACCAAAAUGCAACGACUUCAUCACUUUAUUUAUUAAUUAUUUCUUUUAUGUAUCAAUAUAUUUGUUUCUUCUUUUUUGACUGUCUCUUUUCUUUUCAUCUUUUUGUUGUAUCCUAAAAAUCUAAUUCUUCCCGCAAUUUUGUCACACCAUGAAAAUAUUUUGAGACAAAUUUUAACAUUUAUUAAAGUAAUCCUAGCACGUUUGAUAAUAACCGCAAGAUAUAUUUAUUUCGAUUCAAUCUAUGGAACAUUGUUCAUGUUUAAAAAAAAAAAGAGAAAGAAAAUGAAAUAGGCAAGCGACAUUUGUGCGUUGCCAGAGAGAUAUACGUCGAAUUUAGUUAUUAGUCAACUAAUUUUUUUUGUCUUUAUUUCAUUUCACAGAAUUUUUUUCUCUAGAGUUAUACAAUUGUAACUGUUACAUAAAUGAAAAUAAUAUUAUUUUUCGAAACAAAAUAAA